CUUCCUGCGUCGAAGAACAACGUAGGCUGCGUGAUUCUUCAAAAAUUUCCCUCCAAUUGAUCCAUCAAUCACUCAAUUUCUCCAUGAAGCGACACAUAUGGCGCUCGAUCCUUGCUCAAUCGACGAUACGGCUUUUCUGGAGCUUCAGAUUCCUCCAUUCGGUAUCCCGACGCAACUUGAUCGCACUCCCCCAAAUUCAAUCCUCAGACUCGGAAGAAACUAGGGUUCCAGACCUAAUUCCAGGUAUAAUCCACGAUAAAGACCUUCUGAAAGCUACUCCGGACGGAAAUCUUCUCGCUCUCGACCUAAUCGACCGCGGCGCCAUGGAAUCCGACGCGAGGUUGUACAUGGAUCUCUUCAAGCAGUGUACUGCUCAAAGCAAAAUCAGAGAGGCUAAAAUGGUGCAUUCUCAUUUCAAAAACUCUAGAUUCCGCGAUUACAUCGCUCUACAGAACACCGUGAUUCACAUGUACGCGAGAUGCGGCGAAAUGGAGCUCGCUCGGAAGGUGUUCGACGAAAUGCCUGAACGGGACAUGGUUUCCUUCACUACGGUAAUCACUGGCUAUUCACAGUGCAAUCUCUUCAAUGAAGCUCUGCUUGUUUUCGUGAAUAUGUUGAAUUCGGGAUUUAAGCCGAACGAAUUUACUUUUGGUAGUGCUCUGAAAUCCGCCGGAGGCUCACAGAGUGAUGCAAUCGGUAGGAUCAUCCAUGGAUUUUGUUUAAAACUCGGAUUCGAACGAAAUGUCUUCGUCGGGAGCGCGCUGGUCGAUAUGUACGCAAGGUGCACGAAGAAGGAGGCGGCAAAGGUCAUAUUCGAUGCUCUGACGGAUAGAAAUGAGGUUUCUUGGAAUGCAUUGAUCGCAUCGUACGCGAGGGACGGCGAGGGGCACAAUGCCGUGCGCCUCUUCGCGGAGAUGAAACGGGAGCGGUUACGACCGUCGCAUUUCACGUAUUCGAGCGUCUUCUCCGCCUGCGCGAGCAGCGGCGCUUCGGAGCAGGGGAAAUGGGCGCACGCGGAUAUGGUGAAAUCGGGGCUGAAGCUCACCGCAUUCGUCACGAAUACUCUUGUCAAUAUGUACGGCAAAGCGGGAAAUAUCGACGACGCGAGAAAGGUUUUCAAUUUCGUCCAAAAAAAGGAUAUCAUAGCGUGGAACACGAUGCUUACAGCUUUUGCCGAGCAUGGGCUCGGCGACGAAGCCGUCGAUUUGUUUGAAAAAAUGCGUCGAGUCGGAGUCGAGCCGAACGCGAUAACGUUUCUCUGUGUUUUAAAAGCUUGCAGCCAUGGCGGCCUUUCGGAGAAAGGAUUUUACUACUUUGAGCUGAUGAGAAGGUACGAAAUCGAACCCGAUAUUACGCAUUACGUAACGAUCAUCGACCUACUCGGUCGAGCAGGUCAGCUCGAUCGCGCCAUGAAGUUCAUACAACAGAUGUCGAUCGAACCUACCGCCGUCGUUUGGAAAGCGCUUCUCGGAGCGUGUCGGAUGCAUAAGAAUAUGGAGUUAGGUAUUUACGCGGCGGAGCGCGUUUUUGAGCUCGAUUCGAACGACACGGGUCCUCGUAUAUUACUCUCGAACAUCUACGCGUCCGCCGGGAGAUUGAUCGACGCGGCGAGAGUUCGACGGACGAUGAAUUCGAGCGGGCUUAAGAAAGAGCCCGCGUGUAGCUGGGUCGAAUCGGGGAAUGUUAUACAUUUAUUUGUCGCGAAUGACGACGCCCACCCGCGACGGGACGAGAUUCGGAAGAUGUGGGACGAGCUACGCGACGGAAUCGCAAAAAUUGGAUACGUCCCGGAUACGAGCAACGUGCUUUGGUAUUCGGAUGAGCGCGAGAGAGAAGAGAGGUUACAAUACCAUAGCGAAAAGCUAGCGCUCGCGUUCUCGAUCCUUGACUCGCCGUCGGGAGCUCCUAUCUCAAUCAAGAAAAAUCUUCGGGUUUGCGGCGAUUGCCAUACGGCAUUUAAGUACGUGUCGAAGUUGGUCGAUCGAGAAAUCGUCCUACGAGACACUAGCCGAUUCCAUCAUUUUCGUCAUGGUUCUUGCUCUUGUCGCGAUUAUUGGUAGCGUUUAUUCGCUCGCUCGUCAUUGGCGUCGAUAGACGUCGAAUAUGGAUGGAAAUAGGGGUGGAUCUUGCCCGGGAACCCGACCCGGUUCGGAUGUUAAUGGGGCGAGUUUGGGUUUGGAUUUUUAUAAUCGAGGCGGGUUAUGAAUUUUGAAAAUUUUAAACUCGGCUGGAUUCGGAGUCAGGGACAGAUUACGGAUUUGAUCCAAAAAAAUUUUUGAAUUUAAC